CUUCUUUUUAUUUUCUUAUAAAUGAUAGAAGAGACUCUUGAUAACUCGAAAUUUAUGCAAUUACCUGAUGAAUUACAAAUAAAGAUAUUGGCUGAAUUGCCUAUUCAAGAUCUUUUAAAGUCAACUGUGGUCUGUAGAAAAUGGAAUCAACUCGUAUUCGAUGGAUCACUUUGGACCAAGCUUAAUGUAGCUCCAUUCUACAAGAUAAUUCCAAUUGACUAUUUGUUAAAACUGAUUAAAGCAUCCUCUGGCUUUUUAAAGACAGCUAACUUUAGAGGUUGUAUUCAGUUUAAUGGACAUGCACUCAGAACGUUAUCUGAUCACUGCCCCAACAUACAAGUCUUGAUCAUCAAAGAUUGCAGAGGCUUAUCGAGUGCAAGUAUCACCUACUUUCUGCAGCGUGCUCAUCAAUUGCGUGUCUUGGAUGUCUCUGGACUUGACACCGUCAAGAAUUCGACACUGGCUGUUGCUGGUUCAUGUUUGGGUAAAUUAGAAAAGCUCAAUCUAAGCUGGUGUCGAAACAUCACCGGACACGGCAUUCUUCCAAUAAUCACUUCAUGUUCAACUCAUUUGCGUUAUUUGAAAUUGAAUGGUUGUCCUCAACUAGAUGAUAACACAAUGGAACUUCUAGGCCAACAUUUACCGAAUCUGACCUAUCUUAGUUUAGCUGCCUGCACCAGCUUAACCGACACGGGUGUAUUAUCAUUUCUGUCCAGUGGGAAAGGUAGUGGUCUGCUGACACACUUGAACUUGUCUAGCUGUGCACGACUGACAGAUGCAACACUUCGACACCUCUCUCAGUAUGCAGUCUCGCUGACUCAUCUUGAACUAUCAGGUUGUGUUUUGAUGACAGAUCAAGGAUUCUGUUACCUUGCACCACGACUCAAGACAUUAGUCUAUCUUGACCUUGAGGAUCUACAACAGAUUACCGGUAUCACCGUGAGAGCGAUAGCUAACAACCAGCCAGAACUGAAACGGCUUUGCUUGUCCAACUGCACUCACAUUUCCGAUGAUGCAAUCACUCACUUGAUCCUUCAUGGUGUCUGUCACAAGUUACAACAUCUUGAGCUUGAUAAUUGUACGAUAACAGAUGAAGUCUUAAAUACAAUCGCUGUCUACUUACAACAACUAAAGAAGGCUUUAUCUGAAUCGGCCAUACUCAACACAUCGAUUGAUUCUAACAUCAGCUUGUUUUCAUCCACGUCGCCUUCAAGAGAGCGACAGAUGAAUGUUGAAGUUCUUGACUGUUCAAACAUUACAGAGUCAGGGGUACGUGAGGCCAUGGCGAAAGCAGGUCCUAUGCUGACCAUCAAGAGCUUUUAUACAUUUCAAAAUACAACAUCAGUAGAUAGCAGUCUUAAUCGACAUUCUAUCAGCGGACGUGGCACUCGAGCCAACCAUCAUCGUGCGGCAACUAUGUCUCAAACUGCAAACAACUGCAUCAUACUAUAAAUACUAAUGUAUACCCCCCUUUCCCCCUCUUCUCUUUAGGUCUUUUUCUAUAUUUCUAUUUCUCUUCUAUUUGAAAUGAUGCUUUUUUAAAAAACAAAAAAAAGUAAGAAAAAGGCCAUGUAUUCAAUGUCAACAUAUUAACAUAUAUAUUUUAUAUAAUAAAAGAUUGCUUUCGUAUCAUAGUCAUAUACAUAGCCUAAAUAGAAAAGAAAAGGGGGGUAAACAAAGUAAGGGUAACUUAAUUAGCAGCAUCCACCAUUAUUGGAUUUUGAAGGUGUAGAUUGAUCUAAUAUAACUUCUUCUCUUUGACGAGUUUGUUGGGCUUGUUGAGUAUCAAUCAAUCUCUUUUUAAUAUCCCUUGCUAAAUCAAAAAAGGCUUCUUCAACGCCAAUGUUUGCUUUUGCACUUGUUUCCAUG